AUGUCAAAGGAGAUCCCAGUAGAAAACCCACCCCCAUACUCGGGCCACCCAACAACUGGUCCACACUUCCUACCCCAAAAUGUGGUACACCCUACCCAGCCCACCACUGCUGGACAGCCUUCAGGUUAUGCUUACCCAGUGCAGCCCGGCUACGGGCAAGGAUACGGUGUACAGUCAGCUUCCUAUAACAACACCACAACUAUCGUCACACAACCAACGAUUGCUGUUAUUCAGGUUUACAGAGAGUCACCAGUGCGCACCAUGUGUCCACACUGUCAAGCAGACGUGGUCACUGCCACCCACUAUGAGACAGGCACCUUCACAUGGCUUGCCUGUGUUAUUAUUUGCUUUUUUGGAUUCAAAAACUUUGUUGCUUUCUGCAUAGGCUGCUGCCUGUUUCCCUUCUGCAUCAACGGGUGCAAGGAUGUGGUUCACACGUGUCCCAACUGCCGCCAGCAGAUAGCUCGCUAUAAUAGGAUGUAG